UUCAGCCUCUAUAAGUAUCACUUGAUUGUAUCUGCAUAUUCAUAUCGAAUCUAAAGUAAUAUAUAUGCUUUCCUCUUGCGAUAUGCGCUGCACGGUGCUCCUCCUCCUCCUCUGCCUGUUAUUCGCCUGCCUGCACGCUGCUUCAGCAACUCAGCAAGCCAAUGGACAACAAUCUGCAGAAGUGAACAGAGCAGGUCUGUGCUAUGGAAUUUUUGCUGGCGAUCUACCAUCGCCUCAAGAAGCCGUGGCUCUCAUCAAAUCUAUCGGAGCAGGGAGAGUUAGACUCUAUGGUCCUGAUCAAAAUGUUCUCCAGGCGCUGAGAAACACUAGCCUUGAAGUCGUUCUCGGUGUCCCUGACUGGCAGAUCCCAAGCCUCGGUUCCAGCCAAGAGUAUGCCAACCAAUGGAUCGAAGAAAACAUCAAGAACUUCCAAGACAUAAAUUUCAGGUAUGUUGUUGUUGGAAAUAAAAUGCCUUCAGAAAACCAAGAUAGCGUCGCCUUUCUCCCCAAAGCCUUGCAGAACAUUCAAAACGCAGUUUCUUCAUCCGGACUAAAGAACCAAAUCAAAGUCUCCUCUGCUUUUGAUCAUUCAGUUAUUCUCAACCAAAUUCACCCACCAUCAAAAGCUGAAUUCAAUGAAAAAUACCCUAUUGGUGACAUAAUCCAAUUUCUAAAGAACAAUAAUGCACCAUUUCUAGUAAACAUGCACCCAUACUACAGCUAUGCAUUCAACAAACCCGAAAUUCCUCCAGAAUUGAACAAAGAUGGCCAGACCUCUGGUGACAAGCGCCUCCAAUACGCAAUCUUCAGAUCACCCUCAGUUGUGGUUCAAGAUGGUCGAUUAAGGUACAAAAAUGUGUUUGACGCGAUGGUUGAUGCUGUGUACUCUGCAUUGGAGAAGGCCGGUGCUUCUGCACUGGAUGUCGUCGUCUCAGAGACAGGGUGGCCUACUGCUGAAGGACCUGGAGCUACUGCAUAUAAUGCAAAGAUAUAUAACAACAACUUAAUUAAGCGAAUCAAGAGCAAGGGAACACCAAAAAGACCAAAGAAGCCUGUUGAAACUUAUAUAUACAACUUGUUUGAUGAAAAUCAAAGGAGCGGAGUUGAUAAGCACUGGGGGAUAUUUGAUCAGGCCAAUAAACAAGCCAAGUACCCCAUUAAUUUUGCUUCUUAG